AUGUAGUAUGAAAUCAAGAUAAUAGGUUAUGAUAAUUCAACAGACAAUAUUUUAUAUAGAAUUCGUAUUAUUGAUCUAUUUACACUUGAUUAGAGAGACAUUAGAGUUAGAUAUAGUUUUUUACUUGACCUUCAUAAUGCUAUGCAAGAAUACAAUAUAAAUUAUUAAGUAUUUAUUAUUACAAUUUAGUUUCCUCAAUUUCCAAAAAAGGAAUAUUUAAAGACAUUAUUUAGAGAAAAUAAGAUAAUCAAACAACGUGAAUAAAAGAUUGGAGAGUAUUUUUAAUAACUUUUUAAAUCUCCUCCUCCUAAUUCUAAAUUAUUACUUGAUUUCUUAAGAGAAGGAGUUGAUACAAUAAGAUAAUAAGAAUUAUUAAAAGAAGUUAAUUCAAAAACUGAUUUAUUGAAAUAUUUUAAAUAUGAAAAGGUGCUAAAGAAGGCAUAAUUUGGAAAAACAUCUUUAUAUAGUGUAAAUGGGAAAAAAAUUAUUUUGCAUAAGUUUUAUGUCAUACAACAUUAAAGUGAUAUACUGUUUUAAUCUUAUGUAAAGGCUCAUUUAAAUAUUCUUGACUUUAACUUAUUCACUUAAGUGAAUUCUAUAUUCUAUAUACGACCUAAAGCUAAUUUUGUAGACAAUAUGCUUGGUUAAGUGAAAUAGCCAAAAAUUAGUAAAAAACAAAAUAUUUUUGCUAAUUUAUAGCCCCAAUAUAUUAGAGGAGAGGCAGUGAAGAUAUACUCUAUUGAAGAAUAUGCAGGACAAAAUUUAGAUGAAUUGAUUAGAGAACGAAAAAAUAAAAAUAUACCUUUUAAUUUAGAUGAAUUAUUAAAUAUUAUAUAAAAGAUCCUUUAAGCAAUUAUUCAAUUGCAUAAACGAAAUAUAUUUCCAAAUAGAAUUUUGCCCACUUCCAUAAUCAUCAAUAAUGAUAGUGUUAAAUUAGCAAGCAUCUAAGAGCCAAAUGCUAAAUAUAAGGAAAAAUAUUUAUUAGAAGGAUAUCCUUAGAAGACUGGUUAAGAUUUUGAUAUUGUUUAUUAUCCUCCUGAGAAAAUAAGUUAAUAGUUUUAAUAAUAAUAAUUAAAUGGAAGGUUGAUUGAUAGUUGGCAUUUCGGAGUUUGUAUUUUAAAGGCAGCUCUACUAUGUACAACUAAAGAAUUAGAUGGAAUUCAUUCAUGUUAUUAAGUUGAUAAAUUUGCAAAUUAAGUAUAAAUGUUAUAUGGGUAUUUUUAAAAUAUUUAAUAUAGGUAAGUGAUGUAAUAGCAGAAAUAAUUAUGUUGAGUCUUAAAUAAUAAGCACAUUAAAGAGCAGAUAUUAGAGAAUUAUAUUUUUUGGCUAAUUAAACAGCAAUCAUUAAAUUUUAAUCAACUGUUUUAAAUCAGUAAGAGAAAUCAUAGAUUACUUAUUUAACAAUUAAUAAUAUAACAGAGGAACAAUUAAAAUAAAUUUAAUAGCUCAUUUAAAAAUCUCCAUUUUUAUAAGUUAAAAUCAAUCUAUAUCAAUAAUAAAUAGAUUAAUAAGAAUUAGAUAAAUUAUUACAAUUACUGGGUAAUUUUGCAGUAGUAAAAUAUAUUACAAUUAUAUUAAAUAAGUAAUAAUAGAUUUAAAAUUAUUAGAACACAAAAUUUACAUUUUGGAUAAUUCUGUAUUGGUUUAUAAAAAUUAAGCUAAUUAAAACGUCUCUCAUUGGAUUUGAAGGGUAUACAUUUAGAAAAAGAAGAAAUUAAUCAGGCAUUAAAAAUAUUCAAUUAAAUGGAUUAUAUUGAAAGAUUUAUAUUAGAUUGUUCAUCAAUGGAAUUUAUAAAUACUUUGAAAUCAGAAUUGUAAUUAGACAGUAAAAUAGUUUUGUAUUUUGAAUCAUAAUUAAUUUGA